GAUUGUGAUACAUCAGUCAUCAACUUUUCCGAGUAAUGAGUUCUAUUUAGUAAUUAAGAUUCUUGCAUUGUAUUGAAUGCAGUAAUUACGUAGAUUUACUAGUUACCUACCUAUAAUUAUAGAUUUCUAAUGUAUUCUUAAUUUGUGCUGGAUGUGUUUAAUUAAAACCUUAUAACAAUGCCUCUGGCAAAUGCCACAGAUCCAUGGCGAAUGCGAAAUGUUGGAGAUGUCUCGCGUGGUAUUGCAGCACAAGCUGCAAAUUGUCUUCCAAUGGUUGUGGAAAACUCUGGGUCUCGGCAGACUUCUACGACAGAGAGCUUGGAGUCCACCAUUUCAAAUAAUAGUGAUUUGAGCUUUGAGAGGGAAGUAGAGUUACAGGAUGUAGUCAAAGAAGGCCAUGAAAAAGCUGACCCAUCUCAAUUUGAAUUGCUCAAAGUGCUUGGUGAAGGUUCAUUUGGAAAGGUAUUCUUAGUGAGGAAAGUUAGUGGACCUGAUGCUGGCACUCUUUAUGCAAUGAAGGUACUUAAAAAAGCAACAUUGAAAGUAAGAGAUCGUGAGCGCACAAAAAUGGAAAGAAAUAUAUUAGUGGAAAUGGGACAUCCCUUUAUAGUUAAACUACACUAUGCAUUUCAAACCGCAGGGAAACUAUAUUUAAUAUUAGAUUUUUUAAGAGGCGGUGAUCUCUUUUCGAGACUUAGCAAAGAGGUAAUGUUUACUGAAGAGGAUGUCAAAUUCUAUUUAGCAGAAUUAGCAUUAGCGUUAGAACAUGUGCACAAAUUGGGAAUCAUAUACAGGGAUCUAAAGCCUGAGAACAUAUUGUUAGAUGCAGACGGACACAUAGCUCUCACCGAUUUUGGUUUGUCAAAACUACCACCAAGUAGUGACAAAGCUUAUAGUUUUUGUGGCACUGUUGAGUACAUGGCACCCGAAGUAGUUAACAGAAAGGGACACACAUUUGCUGCUGACUGGUGGUCAUUUGGAGUGCUUAUGUUUGAAAUGUUGACUGGUAACCUUCCAUUCCAUGGGGCGAACAGGCAUGAGACCAUGACACAGAUACUUAAAGCAAAAUUAGGAAUGCCGGCAAAUCUCAGUGAGGAAGCACAGUCCCUGUUAAGAGCUUUGUUCAAGAGAAACCCGCAAAACCGUUUAGGAGCUGGUCCUAACGGGAUUGAAGAUAUAACGAAACAUGAAUUCUUCGCAAGCAUAGACUGGGAUGGUUUAUUGAAAAAAGAGGUGAUUCCGCCAUUCCGUCCGGCGGUGUCGCGCGCUGACGACGCGUAUUACUUCGACUCGGAGUUCACAUGUCGGACUCCCCGGGACUCGCCUGGCGUCCCUGCCUCCGCGAACGCACACGAACUCUUCCGGGGCUUUAGUUUCGUAGCGCCAUGUCUCUUGAAUGACGAUAACAACAAGACUGUCACAAAUGAAAACCAAAAUCAUGUCGCGCAAACAAAGACGUCUACUGAAGACUUUUGGUCUGGAUUUGUUAAUAGGAACAAUUUCUUUGAUGAGUACAGGUUGAUGGGUGAAUUAGGUACGGGAUCGUUUUCCGUUGUUCGUCUGUGCGAACAUAAGACAUCAAAAACACAAUACGCCGUGAAGAUCAUGGACAAACUGCAGUACGACCCUCGGGAGGAGAUCGAAAUACUCCUCAGAUACAGCCAACACCCUCAUAUAAUAACCCUUCGCGGGGUGUACGAGGAAGGCGGCCGCAUUCUUGCCGUGACGGAACUGUGCCGUGGCGGGGAAUUGCUAGAGCAUAUAACCCAAAAACGCUUUCUUCCCGAAAGGGAAGCAGCGCCCAUACUCAGAAAUGUGCUGCACGCAGUACAUUAUCUACAUGCGCAUACGACGGUCCACAGAGACAUAAAGCCCUCGAAUAUCCUGUUCGCAACAACUCAAAAGCGUCCCGAAGACAUUCGCCUGGUGGACUUUGGGCUCGCGAAGCAGUUGAGAGCUGAAAAUGGCCUCCUCAUGACUCCGUGCUACACCGCCAACUUUGUCGCCCCGGAAGUGCUGAAACGUGCCGGAUAUGAUGCUGCCUGCGAUAUAUGGAGCUUGGGUGUACUCGCAUAUAUAAUGCUGUCGGGAAGGACUCCAUUUGCCAGCACGGGUGAUGACACACCGGAGGCCAUAUUGGCCAGGAUUGAAUCGGGAAAGGUGGACCUGUCGGGUGGGGCGUGGCGUCAAGUGUCAACUGAAGCUCGGAAUUGCGUCAGACGUAUGCUGCAACUGGAACCGGCGUUGCGUCCGCGCGCUUCCGAUCUGUUACGAGAGGCGUGGCUCAGUCCGGGACACGCCCACUCGCCCGCUGAACCCUCUGAUGCCUCGUCACACGAUACACCACCUGCUGCGGAUUUGCGACGUGCCGUGGAUCUUACUUACCAGGCGAUGACGUCAGCGCCCUUAACCCCGCACAUACUCGGCCCAGUAUCACAAUCGACGCUCGCGCAGCGACGCAUCAAACCCCAAAGGACAUUCUCGCCUACACAGUUGUAAUUGGUAAAAUAUAAAUCAGAAAAUUUUACACGAAAUACGUAAAAAACCGUAUACAACAGUUUCGUUUAUAAAAACAAUGUAAUCAAUUUACUAUACAAUACAAAGGGUUUAAAAACUAAUUAUUACUUGCCUUGUGAGAUUAAUUCAUGUUAACUUUUUUAUAAAACUUUCAGUUUACGUAACGAGAUUUUUUUAAUUAAAGUAGUCUUUGAAAGCUAAAAUAUACUCAAAGUGGAAAAAUUAAAUAAAUUCAAAGGUUAAUUUAGAAAAUUUGAAAUGAGAUUUGUACCUUAAUAAACAUACUUAAAACGUAAUUGUCUAUGGUCUAUAUAUGGCUGGAAUAUAACUUAUUUUAAUUAUAUUGGCGCCUUUAUCGCUUUUACAAUUCACGUUACAAGUCAUUGGUUCAUAUCACCACCGUAUUUUAAAAUAUAGUACUCUGUCUGUCUGUCUCAGUCGUUUUGUUAAGAGGUUAUAGUUACUAAGAAACUUAACUUACUUUUAAUUUCUUCAAAAUUCCGAUUUAGUUCAAAUACCCUUAACGAGGGAGAUGUAAAAAAUACAAAACGUAUUCAUAAAAAAUACAUAAUUAUUGCACCGUUUUUACUAAAGUACUCUGUCUCUUUCCAUCACCACCUUAACACAUUUGACAGAAAGGGACAAAGCAUUUGGUUAAGAAAGUUAGACUGGUUUAUUUUUAUAAAUACCUUUGUGUACUCUUGAAGUUAAACACAUUCAUUUUCUAUAUCUACUGAGAUUAGAAUGAAAUAUUCCUUUAUUCUAUUUUUAUUUGUAUAAAAUAUAUAUUAUAAAUAAUUAUGUUAAUAGAAAAAUUAUUGUAUUCCAAAUUACUCUUCAAUUUGGCAUUUAGGUUACAAAGACAUUCCAUAUGACAUUUAUUUUCUAUCUAAGGUAUGUCAAUAUCGUCUUCCUACAGAUGAAAGAGAUUUUUAUAGAAUAAAUAUAUUAUAUUUUUAUAAUAUAGCUUCUUACCCACCUUUUAAACCUCUUGGUGCCAUUUUCUUUGAGUGCUAAGUAAGCGCUUUACUAUAUCUUAUUUAGCAUCAUAACAGUAUUUCCAUUUACAUGUAAAAAUUAUACUUUUAAAUUCUAGAAUAAUUCAUAUUAUAGGCGUUAAAUAAGGCCUAAAUUAGUAAAAUUAUCAUGUUGCAAAUAUUUUUGGAAAGUAUUACAAUCAAAAAGUUCAAAAAAGUAACAAAUCAAAAUAUAAAUAUUUUUAUUUUACAAAUUGAUAGGAAAAAAAUAUUUUAAUUGAAUACUUAAUAAUGCGAUUUGUCGGUAUUAAGCAUAAUAUUAGAGUAAAAUUAAUUAAUAAGAAAAUUAGUUACGGUUACAACCGUUUAGUGAGUUUGAUGUAUAUUUUUAUACUUCUUAAAAUAAAUAUAUUUACUAAUUGCAUAUUAGUGGUUGAUGUUUAAAUUUUUACCAAAGAUCUAGGUAAUGCAUAUUGGCUUGUCUCUAUACUCAUUGUCUGUAGUCUAUAUUUGUAUAACAACGUUGCUAUGGUAACGUAUCUUGCUUGUCAAAUGAGUAUAGAAACGCGCCAUCAGUCAAUUUAGGUAAGUGCUGUCGUCAAUGGGAUUUUUUUGCUACGUUUUACUCUAAAAUUGAAUUAUUAUAGGUACUUAUUUUAAUAUAAAAAGAGCAUAAUUUUGUGUCUGUAUAUUUGCGAGUAAGUACAAUAAUGUUUAGUUUAAUGAAAUAUGUGAUUUACAAACGACAACUUUGUGCAAAAUUAUUAUUUUAAGAACUGUACGCACAAUGCGUUUUGAAACUAUUUUUAGUAGCUUGGUGUAUAUGUUUGACUAAAGCUGAUAUAUUAUGCAAACUUUAACCUAUAUUCCUAAAAUUUCGUACAGUAUUAAAUCAUUUUAGAGAUACUCAUUGGACAUAUCUAAAGAAACUUGUCAUAGUAAUUCAUAUCAUGAAAAUUACACGCCAAUUAUAUUACAGUUUUGAGUAUUUUAAAUGUAUGUUGAAUAUUUUCAUACCAAAAUAGGAUAUUAUUUAUUAAUAGGAUAAUUUUAAAAUAUUAAUUCGAAAGCCUUAUUUGAAACGCAGAUUUCAAUAUUUGAAAUAUUCUUUAAUCAAAAUAUAUGUUAUUUAUUUUUUAUUUACUAUUUUUAGGUGCUUCACGCAUGAUAUAUGAGUAGACUUUCUAAAUUGGUCAUUAAUAGAAGAUGCACAAAAUUAGCACAUAGAUAUAUGUAGUAAUAUGUGAUGUACUGUAGUCAUGUUAUAAAAUAUGAUGCAUUUUACUAUUGAAAAUCACUUUCUCCGUCACAAAAUGUAACUUGUUAAAUAAUACUAAGUAUUUUCUUACUAAAAGUCCAUUUGUAGGUUUUCUAUGACCUUUUCGACUGUGAACACAAGUUGACAAAUUUCAAGACUAAAUAGUAUCAUAUGCAGGACCAGCUUAAAGUACACUAAAAGAAGGCAUGUCUAUAUUUUGUUAAUAUGCAUAGACAAUAGAUAAUUUUAUACAGUGUUUCACUAACAUGCAUAGAUAAUAUUGAUCAGUGUGGUCAGAUAAAACAUGCAUUUUUGUAUAAGUUAUUUGUGUGUUACAAUUUUCAAAUGCCUUUGUAUAUUAACUUAGUAGAAUGGUAUACUCAUGAUGCAAUGUUAUUUUGUCACAUCUAUUUUUCUAUCUAUCAAAAAUAAAUCCAUAAGUUGUUAAAGUAGGAAUUCCUAAGAUGAGAUGUAAUAUAUUGUUGAUAUUGCUUA